AUGGGCAUACUCUUCUCCUCCAUACUGUCCCGCCUAUUUUCAAAUAGAGAAAUCAGGAUACUCAUAUUAGGCCUGGAUAAUGCGGGGAAAACUACCAUCCUGAAUAGAUUGCAGUUGGGAGAAAUCGUCCAAACUAUACCAACCAUUGGAUUUAAUGUAGAAAAUGUAAACUAUAAAAACUUAAAAUUACAGGUAUGGGAUUUGGGGGGGCAGUCGUCCAUUAGACCCUACUGGAGAUGCUACUAUAAAAAUACGAAUGCCAUUAUUUACGUGAUUGACAGCUCAGAUGGCGAACGCUUGGUAAACACCAAGUGGGAAAUUAAUAUGAUUCUUAAGGAGCCAGACUUGAAAGGAGUACUCCUGGUCAUUUUUGCAAACAAGCAGGAUGUGAAAAAUUGUCUUUCUAUAACUCAAAUUUCGAAGGAUUUAAACUUAACGGCGAUACGGGAUCGGCAGUGGGCUAUUUUCAGCACCAGUGCUACGAAGAACGUGGGGAUUACCGAGGCUCUGGACUGGCUCGUCAGUAACAUGAAGUGA